AUGAAGUCCUGUGAAGUCCAACGAGAGCACUGCGUGGCAACUGCCAGAUCCUCAGAGGUGAAGCUGCGACAUGGACAUGGCGAAGGGGCGAUCCUGCUGAGGUUCUCACCGCGAGAGUUCCCAGCACUUAGCGACGAAGAGAAGCAGGCGGAACCGCUGGCUGAGUCCCAAUUGGCACCAGAAGGUCAGGCGGCUUUCCCCAGCAUCACCGUUCAGCACCGUUCAUUAGAUGCACCUGAGCCGAUACGACUUAAGCCCAGGCGGAUGCCUGUUGCUUCAACCUCGUGCUGGUCCUUUGCCGCGGUGGCAGGUCUUUGUGGCCUCACUAAGGUGGGCUUUGGCGCCUGCGCCGCAGGGUGCCUGGCGGGAGCCGCCCAGCUGGGCCACAGCGCGGUGCGGACGGUGAUCGAUUCUAUUGGCCACGGCAAUGCGAGACGUUGGCAGUCGGCAGUGGUCGCACCACAGCCUGCCCAGACUCCUGCAGCUUCGUCAGGAGCAGUGCAAGGAUUGAGCAGUUCAGACUCUGGAACUCUGCCCAAAGAGAGUCCCAAAGAGACUCCGACUGAGAAAGGAUCGGAUGACACUGCAGAGUGCACAGGGACCACAGGGACAACGCUUCCCGGUCAUGGUACUGCAGUGGUCCCACAGCCUGCCCAGACUCCUGCAGCUUCGUCAGGAGCACUGCAAGGAUUGAGCAGUUCAGACUCUGGAACUCUGCCCAAAGAGAGUCCCAAAGAGACUCCGACUGAGAAAGGAUCGGAUGACACUGCAGAGUGCACAGGGACCACAGGGACAACGCUUCCCGGUCAUGGUACUGUGCUUGAGCUCCCCAGCGAAGCUGUGGAAAGGUUGAGCCCAUACCUCUGCGAUUAUCUUCUGAGAGCUGUCACGUCGAACCAAAAAUCUUCUUGGCGGCGCGCGUUGUGGCGACUGCUGGGCAGACGAUGGCUCCUUUCUGCCGUUCAUUCAGCAAUGAAAGACCCGUUGCCUUUGGUACUCGCCCUGGACCUGGAUCCUUGGGAGGUGAAAUUGGAUGGAUACAGCUUCAAUCUGAAGAUGCCCAGCAUGCGCUUCGCGGUGGUUUUGCAAGUGGAGGUGUCCUCCAUCGGCUGCUCCUUUGUCCGAGCCUUUGCGGCCUUCCCGGAUGAGCUGGUGGUGAAUCUGGUGCGAUGCCUGCAGGAGCAAAUGCAGGGCUGGGAUUUGAGGGAGAUGGAUCCCCGCUUCGCUGGCUUUACGCAGCCUGCUCGUGUGGGUUUCGAUCUUGAAGUGGACUGGCCUUCCAGCUCGGAGAUCCGUCACAGACUCAGACUGCACUCACCAGUGGUUUGUGUACCGCAACUUGGGGAUGAGUUUGGAUCUUUCGGCGUCCUGAGUGGCGAUGCCGAUGCUGCCGAUGCUUUCCAAGCCUCAAAGCCGAAGGCUUUGCGGAAUAGAAUCUGCCAGGUGAAUUUGCCAGCAGUCCCAAACGCUCUUUGCUUGGUGAUGAGGGAUGACAAGACUCUGCGUUUCUUGAAGUACGUGAGCCGUGAUGCUCCGUCCUCGCGCGCAGAUGUUUCCGCAUCAUAUCGAGUGGACGCUGAAGACUCUGAAGGAUCGCCUGAGGGAUCGCCAGACUGAAAGCGCUGAAAAGGUCUGGGCAUAGCUUGAAUUUUAC